GCUGUUAUCUGUUCUGUUUAUGGCCAACUAGGUAAUACGGCCAACUAAUACUAAUUGAUUAUUCAUGGUAUGAAGAUAUACUCAGCUUAAUCUAUCUAGGUUGUCUCUUUUGUGGACUGAAAGGACAUCAUCGGCUACAGAAAUGCAUAUUGAACCUCAGGUACACGCAAUGGAGUCGUCCAUCCACCACUGACCGUAGCAUCUCUCCCCUGUAUUUACGAGCACGAGCACAUGCUGUCUUCUCUACGAGUACACACCGCAUGUCUUGGGUCGCAUCUCGUAGUAGCCAUCACAACUAACUAUCCUUCUUAUAGCCUGGCCCAUCUCGCCCUCUGUCCAUCACGACCCGUAGCCCAUCAGGGUCUGGACGUGCAUCAGGGUCUAGACGUCUUGCCAUCACCUCGGCCCAUCUAUCUGUCCAAACCAGACCACAGCUGCAGCUUUUGCUCACUUGUCCAUCUCAGUCUCUUCUUAUUUUUGUUUCUUUCGGCUUUUUUUUCCAUCUUUCUUUUUCUUCUUGUCAUUUUCUCUUUUUUUGUUUUAGUCAGCUCUUAUCUCGUUUCACUCGCUCCUCAUUCCCUCUGCUUUUUGUUUAUAUGUGCUCGCUGUAUCAUUCUCAUAUCAUGUCAUCGUCAUGCCAUCAACUAAAAGUACUAGUCACGUAUAUGUAGCUCUAUAUCGAUAUAUCCAGAUUUUUGUUUUUGGGCUCCCCUCAUUCUAUCCAUCUAUCCACUCUCUGUUCCGUCCCUUCACCCCAUCCUGUCUCUAUCUCCCCCCAUAUUCCCCCCCUUUUAACGAGUCCCCAAAUCAACCC